GAUUUUGCAUUCCCGGGGAGAGAUCUGUAUGUAAAAAUACAGAUCUCUGCCCUGUUAGCACCAGCAUUCUGCUUUGUAUUGCUCUGCAUAGCAGAGCAAUACAAAGCAGCAAGCUUACACACUAAAAAACACACACACAGGACACAGUUAACCCUUUGAUCACCCCAGACGUUAACCCCUUCCUGCCCAGUGUCAUUAGUACACUUUUUAUUAGCACUGAUCACUGUAUUAGUAUCACUGGGGAUGUUAGUGGCAGUUAAUCAGUUCCCCCCCCCCAGUGUCAGAAUGCCGCAGUCCCGCUAUAA